AAAGACAGUUUGUAGCUCAUAAUAAUUUAACUAAAAAUUUUUACUUGUUUCCAAAAUGAUUUGCAAAGUUUUGAUUUUGGCUUUGAGUUUAUUGGCCUUCAGCAGAGUUGGUGAAUCAAAAACACCUGUACGAAGAUGUUCAGGAGAUUUUCCAUUUCCCUUAAACGUUAAGGUCGAUGAUUGUGAAGAACUACCUUGCUCUGUUACUAAAGGUACAACCACACACAUGGAAGUACAAUUCGUUGCAGUAAAAGAAGAAACUCAUUACAUCGAAACUGAUAUCCUUGUGACAAUGCUUGGCAUAAAUGUUCCUUAUGAGUUACCUUCGGAAAAUGGUAAUGUUUGUAAUAAUCUAAUGCAUGGAGCUUAUUGUCCAUUGUAUGCAGAAGAAGAUGUUACUUUCAAUCUUCAAUUUCCAAUUGAUAAUAAUUUUAUACAAGCAAAUGUAAAAACCGUUGUUAAACUAAGAGAUGCAGAAAAUGAUGUAGUAGCGUGUUUUGUUGUUGAUAUGAAAAUUAGUCAAUAACUUAGAUAAAUUGUUUAUUUUA